GCUGCAGCUUGCCCCUCCUCCAUGGAUGGCCUGCACCGGCUGCCGGAACUCGUUGAGGUGGUACCCUUCAUCCUCGACCUUCAAUUACAGGUUACCAACGACGCUACAAAGAGAAAGCUCAGCGUAUUCCUGCUGGAGCUGGUGUCCGUGCAAGAGCCUGCUUCAGGGAGUCCUUCCUCGUUGACACCGCCGGAGGCGCUCACGAAACUGGCGCUGAAGUGCAUGACCAAUGACCAUGCGGCUCCUAACAUGUCUUCAGUUGCCGCCAAGGUCUACAAGCUCUUCCUAGAGGUGUAGCAUUGCACCGACAAAGUUCCGCAUCCUCGCCAACAUCUCCAUCUCCAUGGCCCAAGGUGAAUUCAGUUUAAUUUCUUGCUGGAGAACUUAGGUGGUUGCUCGUCGUAGCAUCUGGAAGUGACAUGGAAUUGUUGGUAGAUUAGUUGAUUACUCCUGCCAUGGCUAUCACAUGUUUCUGAUGCUAACAGAACAGAUGAGUGCUGCUCAACACAUGUAGGCUGCAAACACCUACCAGGAAGCUUCAGCGCCAUGCUGCUAGCACAUGAAGCGCUCGCGUGCGACUCUCCCUCUCUUGUCUUUCUCCCUGUUUGUAUUUAUGCCUUAACAUUGAAAACAAUUCAAUGUAUACACUGUACGUACAAUUGCCUGCUAGAUGAAGCUCAAUGUGCAAAAUAUACUGUUUUGGUUUCAGUGGACAUCACCUACUUCCAGCGUGAGGAGGGCACCUCCUUCAGGGCGAGGUGGAUUUGGACUUCAGUGGUAGUACGAAGAGCACUUCGGGGGACACAGGGUGAACUCAGAAAAAUUCGCCGCCCCUCCCGCUGCUCGUCGCCGACUACAACGACGUGACGAGGCCGAGCUUCCCUGCCAUAGUCGACAUGGAGUUCUCCCCUUUGCUCCAUCGUGUGUGUCCGCGCAAGAAAUUGACCUGCCCCAUGGCCUAACAAGUGACCUUCAUCCCUGUUAGCUUCUUCUAAGUUGCUCCUGCAACCGUGCAGCGCUCCUAGUGCCCAGCACCGGCAUAGAAAUGUGAAUUCAUUCAGUCUAUAUAAAGGACCAAAUAAAUUAUGUGUUGUCAUAAAAAAAUGGGUGUGCCUACGUUUU